UCGUUUGAACUCUAAUCCCUAACUCCUCACGCCUGCUGAGCUCUCCACUCUCCAGUCUCCUGCGGCAAGCGGGCAAGCCUUCGUGUCUCUCUCUCGUCUCCCGUCGUGUCCGCUGGCUUAACUUCACCGUCGUUUCCCUCGCUUUCUCGUUGCAAGCGGCAAGCGGUCGUAUCUAUCUCUCGUCUCCCGUCUUUUCAGGGGGGACAUGAACAAUGGUGAUAGGAGACGAGUGAAUGGAGAGGCCGAGGAAGAUGAUGAUGAGGACGAGGGAAAUGAAGACCUUGAUGCUUGGGAGAGAGCUUAUGCGGAUGAGAGGUCAUGGGAGGCUCUGCAAGAGGACGAGUCUGGGCUUCUCCGCCCUAUUGAUAACAACACCCUUUACCAUGCCCAGUAUCGCCGGCGCAUUCGCUCCCUUUCCUCCUUGGCAACUACUGCUCGUAUCCAGAAAGGCCUCAUUCGCUAUCUCUGCAUUGUUGUCGACCUCUCAAAGGCUGCUGCAGAGAUGGAUUAUCGACCAAGCCGAAUGGUUGUGGUUGCGAAACAUGUGGAUGCUUUUAUUAGAGAGUUCUUUGACCAGAAUCCGCUUAGUCAACUUGCUCUUGUGACUAUAAAAGAUGGGGUUGCUCAUUGCUUAACGGAUCUUGGUGGCAGUCCUGAGUCCCAUGUUAAAGCUUUGAUGGGUAAACUGGAGUGCUCUGGUGAAUCCUCCCUACAAAAUGCCCUGGAUCUUGUUCAUGGGUAUCUAAAUCAGAUUCCAUCAUAUGGUCAUCGGGAAGUUCUCGUCUUAUAUUCUGCUCUCAGUACUUGUGAUCCGGGAGAUAUAAUGGAGACCAUCCAGAAAUGCAAGAAAUCGAAAAUUAGGUGUUCAGUUAUUGGUCUCUCUGCAGAAAUUUUUAUAUGCAAACAUCUCUGCCAAGAAACUGGUGGGUCAUACUCCGUUGCAUUGGAUGAGGGCCACUUCAAAGAGUUAAUACUGGAACAUGCUCCCCCACCUCCAGCAAUAGCAGAAUUUGCCAUUGCUAAUUUGAUAAAGAUGGGCUUCCCCCAAAGAGCCGCAGAGAGUUCUAUAGCUAUUUGUUCAUGUCACAAAGAGGCUAAGAUUGGAGGGGGUUACACUUGUCCAAGAUGCAAAGCACGUGUAUGUGAGUUACCUACGGAAUGUCGAAUAUGUGGAUUGACACUUAUUUCUUCGCCCCAUUUGGCAAGGUCAUAUCAUCAUCUCUUUCCAAUAGUACCGUUCGAUGAGGUGUCUCCGUCACUUCUGAAUGAUCCACAUAUCAGAUUACCAAGAUCAUGUUUUGGAUGCCAACAAUCUCUUCUCAAUCCUGGAAACAAACCUAGCCUUCGCGUUGCUUGCCCAAAAUGCAAACAGCACUUCUGCCUUGAUUGUGACAUUUACAUUCAUGAGAGCUUGCAUAAUUGCCCUGGUUGUGAGAGCUUCAGGCAUUCCAAGUCAGCCAUUGCUGGUGAAGAAUGAUGGUUCCUGUGACUUUAUAAUCUGCUACCCUCUGUGCAAAAGUUGUAUUUCAACGCACUCUCUCUAAGCCAUGGUUUUU